GCCAACGCAACUCCCGCUGCCCCCUUUUUGUUUUACUACAAUCCGCACCGGUAUCCGGACUUUAUGCGGGGGAUUCGUGAACUGGCCAACAAGGACAGCGGGAACAAUCCUAUUCGGCGGGAGGACCUAUUCCUGGCCAGCGGUGGGACCGAUCGGUCCCAGAAGGGCAUGGAGCAGCGCUUACGGGACGCCCUCGCUUAUUCCGGGGGGGACUACCUGGACCUUUUCGUCCUUGAAUACGUCUGCCCGGAGGAAGCCGGAGACGACAGCGGCGACCUGGUGAAAGCCCUGGAACUGGCGCGGUCCUGGGUUCGGGACGGUUCCGUCCGGUACGUAGGGGCCUCGACCCACUCCCACUCGGUGGGGGCCUGGCUGGGGUCCCUGGACCGUGGGGAGGAACGGGACAACGACAACGACAAUGACGGCGCGUCCUCUCCGCUCCCACUGCUGGACGCCAUGAUGCUCCGGUACAACAUGGGGCACAAGGCCGCCGCCGAGGCCCUCUCCCUUCCGGUGUGUGCGGAACGGGGGAUCCCGGUUCUGGCAUUUACCACAACGAGGUGGAACCGCCUCCAGGACGGCCAUCCCGAUUGGGGCCAACGGGCCCCAACGACCCCAGAGUGCCUGUCCUUUGCCCUGUCCGCGUCGUCGGACGAAAGAGGCGCAAGCGCGGGACCAGACGCACCCACGACGACGGAAGACGGCGCGGGCCGGCCGAUCGAAAUCGUCCUGCACUCGGCGCGCGACGCCGAGGAACUGGGGGAGGGCAUGUCGUGCCUGGAUUCGUCGUUCGUCCCUCCGACCAUCGACGCCGGAAAUCGUGCCGCCGUGGCUAUCUGGAGGGACUACGGAGACCUGGAGUGGAACGACAUGGAUGGAUUCGAUGAGUAUCCGGAAGAACAGCAGGGAACCAGCAUUCUGUGACGCGGUGAGACGGCAACGGCUGUGCUCUGGGCCGCAAGACAAACUGGUUGCCGCGCAUGACUAUUCUACCUUUGGUCCCUCUGAAGAGAUAUGUCGUUUCAGUAGUAUUUUUUUAGCAAUUAUAAUACAAUAUUACUGCAUGC